GUAUUAUAUAUAGACUACAUACAUACCUAUGACAUCGAUCGUAUUAAUCGGGACCCGAAUCACAGUAAAUUGAAAGAUUACUUUUAAAAUAAAAUUACAUUUUAUUGAAGAGUCCUUUAACAAUGUUUAUUAGGAAAUCUACUCAAAUUUUACUUACGAAGUCUCUAAGAACGGUCAACUAUGCCACCAAAAGUUCUAAGCCAGAGAUCCCAAAGAAUCCUUUAGCUUCAGUGUACUCAGCGACCAACCAAAAAGAUACUGGUGUUGUAUAUGAUAAGAAACCUUUUAAGCUAACCCUUGAGGCAGGGAAAACAUACCACUGGUGCCUGUGUGGCCGAUCCAAGGCACAGCCACUGUGUGAUGGUACACAUAAGGAUAUCUACCUCAAAAUAACACAGAGGCCUGUCAGAUUCACAGUGGAAAAAACCAAGGACUAUUGGCUGUGUAACUGUAAGCAAACGAAAAAUAGACCAUUCUGUGAUGGAGCACACAAACAGAAAGAUGUUCAAGAGGCUACGACUGUCAGACUGUGAAUAGAAUGCAGGACACAUGGCUCUGAGUGUUGUGGAACUAGUUGCAUUAUAUUGAAUACUUGUGUAGUUUUAGGGAGUAAUUGUAAAUAAAUUAAUAAUUGAAAACCAA